AACGGUCUUUAUUCCAUCGAACAAUACCGACCGGAUCGAAUGCGACUUUUGCAGCGCGUGUCUUCGACGACCAUCAAAACCGCGUAGCGUUUACCGAUAUUCUCUUUUUUUGAUUCUCAUAUGGACUUUAAUCGAAAAACCAACGUAGACUGCCGACUAUGCGAUUUUCCCUGUACAGCGUAAGAGUUUUGUUUAUCGUGUUACUCUUCUACGUUGAAGUAAAAAACCUUUCAAACCAUUGUUAUUUAGAGAUUUACAGCAAAUUCCUACUGAAGGUGUACAAUCUGAUAGUCCUCCUAGUCCAAAAUUAGUGGUUUCGGACAGAAAAAAUAUGAGUCAAUCAAAGACAUCCACCAGCUCUCCUAAGAGCUCAAAACCAGCUGAUGAUUCGAAAGCUGAGUGUUCUUCUCCUUCUUCAUCGAAAUCGGGACGCUCGCCUUCUUCUGCCAAAUCGAGUCCUUCUAGCAACAAAUCUCUUUCUAUAGCUGAAAGACUUGCUCAAUCGACUCGAGGUAAAUCAACUAACCCGAGAAGCCCGGUAUCAAAAUCACCUCCAUCAAGUCCUAAUGCUCAAAGUUCAUCUAAAGUUGACAUUCCUAAAGAAUCGUCUGCUGAUCAUAACAUAAAGUCUGAACAAAUUAAUGGAAUAGAUAAAAACAAAGUAUGUAAUGGUUCAGUAGACGUUAAAUUAGAAUAUGGACAACUUGCCAAUGGACAAAAUGGAGCUAUUAUUGAAAAUAGCCUAAAUGAGUCAAACAAUAUUGUUGCAAAGACUAACUGUGUAAAAGAACUAGAAAAUCCUAAGGAGAAUGGUCUUAUUGAAACGAAAGAUAAUGGAACUGAUAAAUCUGACACUGGAGCAAUUAAUGAUGAACCUACCAAACCUCAACGGAUAGACGAUAGUGUUAUUAUGGAACUAAAAUCCAAGAAGGACAUCCGUCAAAAAGUCUGGGAGUUCUUGGAAGAAAACUCGUUAGUUGUAUUUCCAAAGCCUUGCUUUAAUCGCAUACCAAACUUCAAAGGCUGUAUUGAUGCUACACAAACAUUAGAAAAGUUGGAUGAUUUCAAAAAAGCUAAGACUGUUCAAGUAACUCCUGAUAAAGCUCAAGAAACAGCUCGUUUCUUGACACUUAAUUGGGGUAAAAGAUUAUUGGUUCCUCUGCUGCGUUUGAAGGAAGGAUUAUUGCAGUGUGUUUCUUUGCCUUUUGCUGAACCAUCCGCAAAAAUGUUAAGGUCGGCUAGCACUCAAAAAGGACUUCGUAAAUGGGGAAAUAAAUUGAUAACUUUAGAUCAAAAUAAUGAAAAUGAUGUACAUCAUAUCGACAUGAUUAUUUUGGGAUCUGUUGCAGUUGAUAAAAAAGGUCGUAGGAUUGGUAUUGGAAAUGGUUUCUGCGAUUUAGAAUUUGUCAUAUUAAAUUCUAUGAACAUGGUGACGGAAAACACAGUAAUUGUAACUGUUGUCCAUGAUGCUCAGGUAUUUGAUAAUCUACCUGCUGAUAUUUUCAUGCCCUAUGAUGUACCUGUUGACAUUAUCAUUACUCCUCAUGAGAUUAUACGUGUUGAAAACCGUAUCGAACGUCCUAAAGAUGUGUUUUGGAAUUACAUAUCCAAACGUCGUUUAUUAGAAAUGCCUCCAUUGCAGCUUCUACGUACUAAGCAAGAAGCCGAUAGUAAAAUUGAUUGUACUCUCAAAGAUGUGGAUAGUGAUCCUGAAGAAAUUCCCCCGUCGCCAAAAACAUACAAAAGAACUAAAAGCUUCCGUCAUCGACGUUCUUACUCGACCCGAUCUGAAACAAAUGAUUCUGUGUUUAAAGAUUCUGAAGUAUCUAAGCGCCGAUCCGUUUCAAGACAGAGAUCAGCAUCUACUAAGGAUUCAAGGGCUAAUAACAAACGCAAUAAGUCAGCUUCAAGUCAACAACGUCGUAGCAGUUCUGCCGGAAGACGAAACAAUGAAAAAGAACGCCGUUCGUCAUCUAAGAAACCCAACAAGCGCCGUGCUAAAUCGGAAUCUGCCAAAACUGGAUCUCCUGAAACAGAUUCUAAAAAUUCUAAUGGACAACAAGGUGAAUCGCCUAUUACAACACCAAAAAACAAGCGACGACAGCGUCCAAAACCUCGUCGCCGCAUUCACGCAGAUGAUGAUAAACAGUCUGUUAGGCAAUCCGUUUCUAAAAUCCAAGGUAAUAACAAGCGUAAUUCGCGUAGUAACUCUCGUAAUGCUAGACAAGAGUAUGUUGAGCGUCAAGACUAUAGUCGUGAUAUUUCUACUGGACGCAAGGCACGUCGUGAAUACAUACCCAGCCCUAAACAAUAUUAUUCCCGUCAUGAUUCUUAUUCUCAAGAACGGCAGCCAAGAAAUAAUAGUAGAGUGACUAGACGUGAUUUAUCGAACAGACCAGUUGUCAUGCAACAAAACAGAUAUUCAAAUGGCCCAGUGGUUCGUCCUACUAGAUAUUUUAAUGGCUCUAUGGUUCGCCAACAUAGUUUUAACGCUCCGGUAUCUCGUCAAAACAGCAGCAACAGUCAAAUUCUUCGCCACAACAGUUUUUCUAAUGAUCCUUUAUCCCGUCAGAACAGCUUCUAUGACGGUUCUAUUUCUCGGCGUAAUAGUUUUUCUAAAGGUGCUGUUAUUCGUCAAGAAGGUUAUACUAAUACCAGAGUCUUUAGACCACCACAAUACCGAAAUGGGAUGUCUCCACAAGCUAAUGAAGACCAAAGAGAAUAUAGAGGAGCUCGUUUUAACAACAACCGUGUUGGCUAUUAUAAUUCGAAUGAAAGGCCAAAUUAUUCUAGAACUAUUAACGCGGAUGAAUUUGUACUCAAAGUUGGAAACAUUGCAAAUAAUGUCAGAGUUCGUGAUUUAAAAGCUGCUCUAAUGGAUCGUGGAGUUAAACCAUUGCAUAUCACUUGGAGAGGACCUAGAGGUUUUGCGUAUUUACGUUACACUAAUUCCGAAGACGUGAACAAGGAUAACAUCAUUGGAUCAUUGCAGAAUGUACGCAUCAAGCCUAAUGGCGUUGAGACUGCUCAAACUCAGACUCUUAUAGUAACUGAGUGCUAGAUUUUGACUUUUAAGUGUAAUACUUGGUAUAUCCAUUGAAUGUCAUUAUUAUCUUCAUAAAAAUCUAUAUUUCAUUCUUAUUUUAAUUCUUUAAACAAAUGCAAAUAAUAUAUCCUUUAUAAAAAAGGUUUAAAGACAAAUUUUAACCUGAAACUUACUUGAUUAAUCUUUUUUCUUUUUUGUCCUAAAUGUUGACACAUCAUUUAGUUGUUACAUAUUUAAAGUUUUAUAAAAAAACAUUUUUUGAAGUCAACAUAUGUCAUUGACAUUUUAAAUAUUAGUGUAAAAGUUUAACUGAUAAAUUAGCUUUUGAAACAAUAUUGUUCUUAAUUAAAUUAACCAUAAGUAUGUUCAUCUACUUGGGCCAUUAUUUAUUUUUAUUGCGAUUGACAUAUCAAGUAUAAAAAAACA